UCCGACACCAGAACCAGAUGAAAUCAGUUAUUUGUUUAGCUCGUAUGUGGUGCGUUGUGCCAGGUUGAAUUGCGAUGAUUCUCCAAAAAUCGGGGCUAUUGUUUUCGACCUUGGUGACAUUGGCAGUCGGUCUCCCGGUGGAGUCACAAGAACGAGAUGAGAACUGGGUGCAAAUUCCCACCGCAUCCGGGGAGAUGAUUUGGAUUCAUCGGCUCGCGAUCCAUAACCAACCGCGAUUAAAAAUGGACUUUUUCGAGUCGGAUGUAGAAUUUGUGUUCUGCUCUCGAAACGAACCAACGGGGCGAAUCUUUCGCCUGGACAAUCUGGAGUAUUUACAUGACGAAGUGUUUGAUGGAUCUCACCCGACACGGGUUCUAGUGCACGGUUGGCUCAACGACCGACACUCUCCGAUGAAUGUGAACAUUCGUGAUGCCUACCUAAUUGGUUGGGAUUACAAUGUUGUUAUAGUGGACUGGUCUAAAUGUGCGAAACGCUUGAAUUACGUCACAGUAGCUUCCUGCGUGAGAACCGUUGGUAAGCUAUUAGCAAAGAUGCUGGAAUCGCUGCGGACCCUCAAAGGAUUAUCACUGGAUGAUGUCUACCUGAUUGGUCACAGCUUGGGAGCUCAUGCAGCAGGAAUAGCUGGCAAAUCCAUAAGGCGGGGUAAUCUAUCCACAAUUAUAGCGCUGGAUCCUGCUCUGCCGCUGUUCUCCCUUAAUGACGUUGAGAAUCGGGUAGACAUAGAUGAUGCAGCACUCGUGCAAGUAAUCCAUACUAACGGAGGGUUCUUGGGCUUCAUGGACCCAUUAGGAAUGGCAGAUUUUUAUCCCAACGGGGGCUCUACCCAACCUGGAUGUGGGCUCAAUUUCGCAGGAAUUUGCGCACACUCGCGUGCCUGGCAACUUUUUCUAGAAACCCUAAUGGAACCCGAGGAACAUCUGAUCGCUCAGCGGAUCUAUGUUUUGCAGGAAACACCAGCAGUAGAGAAGAAAAACGCCAUUGGAACCAAAAUUGGUGGGGAGCCUUCCAGCCAGGCCACUGGGUUGUAUUAUAUCAACACUAACAGCCAGAGUCCAUAUUUUUGGCCCUCGAAAAACAUUAGAAAUCUCAAGUUAAUUCAACAUAAUUAAAAUAGAUUGGAAAAAUCACCUGCUAAGAUUAGGUCAAAUAAUUUUCUUUUCAAUUGAAAUUGGAACACGAUCGCAUCUCAACCUGCUCUUUGUGUUUGUAAUUCAU